GUACCAUGAGGGGCCGAGCCGCGGCCGAUCUGUGCGCAGACACGAUCGUGACGCCCGCCCGCCGGCCGGGAGAGCUGCCCUUCCGCUCGGUGCCCUUCAGCUGCAUCCCCGAGGGGACGCUGACCCCGCUGAAGGAACUCCUGAGGUCUCACGGUACCGCCAGGAUCUGUCCAGCUAGCGGGAGAGAGCCGGCGGGCCCUGCGGGAAGCCGCCCCGGAGGGCCGGAGCCUGACACUGCUCUCCAGUCCACGGCGCUGGCAGGGAGCACGACCUGCAAGGAACUGCUAGAUGUCAGCAAGGUCCUGGACAGACUGCUCCCCAGCCCGCAGCGCUGCCUAAAGCGACGGGCGAGUGAGCGACCUGCCAGCGACAGCCAUCUCAAAGUCUUCCAGCGGAUGAAAACCAAGGCCUCGCAGAAGCAGCAGGACCCCGGGCAGCCGACGAGCGAGGAACCACCGAGGAGCUGCAGCACGGACUUUAUCCUGACCCCCAACCCAAAACCGGGGGAGCAGGGAAGAAGGCUUGAGAAAACAGUCAUAGCAGAAGAUCAGGAGAGAGGAGCCAAGGGGCCUGCUGAGUGUGUCCAGCCAACAGAAGGUUUAAAUGGCUCUCUGUUUCCUGAUAAGCGACCCAUGAGAGCUCUAGCCAAAGGCCCUCUUGUCUCAGAGUCCCCUCAGAAGUUCUUCCUGCGUGUCAAGAAAAAAUUGCAGCAGCAGCAGCAAAAAGGUACCUCUUGGUAUCCUUCAAACCCAAUCAAGCAGAACCUUCCUCCUUCCACCCUUACAGAAAAGUCAUCAGUGCAGACUGUGCUGGCUGAGGAGCUGAGGAAUGACCCUGCAGAGAGCGUGGCCACCAAUAUGGAUGAUCACGAUACGUUUGUUGUGGAACCCAUCGAUGCUGAUGGUGAAUCCUCUGAUGACACAGAUGUUGUUUCUGGCAAUAUAAUCUCUUCUCCUUUCAAAAAUGGGGAUCAGUUGGGAGAAAAGUGGCAAAACAGAGAAGCCAAGCAAACUGAACUUCAUCAAGACAGAAGACAGUUGCAGCCAAAUAACAAGGAGCCUGCUCAAGAAGUAGACAAGAUCUCAGAGGCAAAUGCCAGAAAGUGCUUUUGUAGUAUCAUGCUGGCUUCUCCCAAUGUCCACAUUCCCAGGAAGCAAAAGAAGAGAGAAGAGUUUAAUGUCCCAUCAAAUAAACCUCCUACAGAUCAAGCUGCUGGCAGAGCAGAGAAAGAGAAAAAUAUCUGCCUCACCAGCUGGAGAAUUAAAGUGAUGGAUGGCAACUCUGCAAUCUUUCUGGAGGGAAAACGCAAGGACAGGAAAGAUCAGCUUUGGCACAGUAACGCCGUGACGGAACGCAUCACCUCCAACCAAGUGAGAACCUCUUCCGGCAGUGUCUACUUGCUGCAGGGAAGGAUUGAUGUGGCCUCCAUGAGAAAAGAAGGCUUUCCCUACCAAUUCAUCAAAAGAUUCAGGUUUGGCUUUUCCACGAAUUGGAAGAAAUAUGUUGAGGAGUUCCUUGAGGAAAGGAGGAGGAAAGAACAAAAGCAAACCACUGAUGAGAAUGAAGAUGCUGACCCAUUGACCAUGGACAUGCUGAACACUGGAGCAGGCACAGCAAGCAAUGGAGAAAGACCUGAUCUCAGAAACACCGUUUAUGAAGUACUGCCAAAGGUUGAUGAGAACACUUAUAAAACCCCAAAACAGAGUCGGGUAGGGAGUGACUCAGAGAAGGUUUACACCCGUAGCGGUCGUCUUGUGAAGCCACCCCUCAGCUUCUGGUGUGGGCAAAGGCAGUUUGUGGAUAGGGAUCUGAAUGUUACCUUAGAAGAAGGUGGAACAGAUUAUCUGAGCCUGCUGUCAAGUACUGAAAAAUCUCAAAGAAAGACCAGUUCUGUCUCUAAGGAGAGAAAACGAAAGGAAGUCACGAAGGCAUUGGAAGAAACACCCAAAAUCCAAAGUAAAGGGAAGAGCAAUGACACAGGAGCGAGUUCCAGGGGAGAUCUCAAGCCCACUGGGAGCAAGAAGGCCAGGCGCUUCGUUUCAGAUGAGGAGGAGAGCGAGCAGGCAGGUUUUGCCACGAGAAGCAAAGCACAGCUUUCUGCUAGGCUGAACUCCUCCAGUGCUGAAGCACUCAGCAGACAGAACAGCCGAGCCCCACAAGUGAGGAAGGAGAAGAGAGAAGCAGGCCGGGGACAGCAGACUGUCCAUCAGCACAGGUACAAGUCCUGCUUGAGGUCCAGCAAACGGCUUCAAGACCAACGGUUAAGAGCUGUAUCAUCAAGUACAGGUGAGGAAGAAGAAUCUAGUGAAGAUGGCACCCUGUCUGUCAAAAGAAAGAAUGAACCUGUGUUCAAUAAAAAGACUCCAACCUUUGAACUCUCCUCUUACUGUAGAGGUUCAUGGGAUGACAAUAAGAAGGUACAUAGUGAGCAGAGGACAGUGAAGCAGUCUGCUGCCUCCCAUCACAUGGUGUUGAGGCAAAGUGAGCCUGGAUCCACUGAUGGUGGUGAUUCUCUUGGAGAAAAACCACCUUCUGAUGAGUCCUCUUUCCUCCUGCCGGAGAAGGAAACAAGGGGAAGAAGGUUCAACCAUCUGAGCUGUUUGGAGUCUGACACGGAGCCUGAAACUGGCACAGAAGAGCUUCAGGUGAAAGGGAAGAACUCAAAAGUUCCUAAUAAAAGAAAAGCUUCUCAAGUUUCUAACCCUGCCAAGUCUUCAGCAGCCAAAGCAAGAGAACAGGAGAGGGAAAAGGUGCAGAGGGCAGCCGAUGAGUGGUCUGAAAAGGAGCUACAGAAGCUUCACAGGGCUGUGGCAUCCUUUCCCAAGCACAGAAGUGGCUUCUGGCUGGAGGUGGCCAUGGCGGUGGGCUCGCGCUCGGCUGAGGAAUGCCAUCAUAAGUACACGGAAGAGCAAGAGGCAAAAGGUUCCAAGCCCCACACCAACAAGAGCAACACUUCAGCAAAACCAGCAGAGAAGGGUACUGAGACCUUGCUCUUAGACAAGAAGGAGCCAGUCAUAAGUGCCAAAGUGGGAACCUUCAAGAGGAAGCAGCAGAUGAGGGACUUCCUGGACCAUUUGCCAAAGGACAACCAUGAUGACAUUUUCACUGCCACACCCUUUCAGAACAGAAGAGUAAAGUUGCCAACGCUGUGUGAAACCCAAGAUGAUUACGAGGAGGAGGAGGUCUUUGCACUUAGGGACAACCCCAUCACACCUUCCUCAGCCAUCUUCCCUAUGGUGAAAACCCCACAGUGUGAGCACAUCAGCCCUGGCAUGCUGGCACCCAUCAACAGGAAGAACUAUGACAGGCAUGUCUUCAGGAUGCAGAAGCAGACACAGAGCAGCAGGGGCACCUGGGACAACAUCAAGAAGUCGGCUGCAGCAGGUCUGGACACGCCAACUUCAUGUAGAACUAAGUUCAGCUAUACUCAAAGUAAGUUCUCUUUGCUUGCAGAGGUGGCCCCAAGUGCUGACGUGGAGAACCUCUUUGUGAUAGAGGCAGCAGCCUCCUCAGAGGAGGAGCAGGGUGAUGACUACUUUUCUUUUUGAACUCUGUGGAUUUUAGUAGCUCAACACUUCGGCACCUUUCUUCUGCAGCCAAGGGGU